CGGCAUUUGGGAUCUUCCCGGACCGGGGCACGAACCCGUGUCCCCUGCAUCGGCAGGCGUACUCUCAACCACUGCGCCACCAGGGAAGCCCUCGAGCUUUCUUUUGAUUAGUGUUCACAUCUUGUUUUUAAUCUGUUUUGAAAAUCUCUGUCUCGUAAUGGGUAUAUUUAGACCUUGGACAUUGAAACUAUAAUAGAUAUAUGCUUGAAUUUAUACCUACCACAUUUGUAACUCUAUUCUAUUUGUUACAUUUGUACAGUAUUUUCUGUUUGUUUAGUCAAUUGCUUAUUUCUUUUGAUGAGUACUGUUUUUAGCUUUGGCUAAAAUAAGUUCUAAAUAUUUUAACUUGGUGACCCAAAGCAUUCUUCCAGUGUGAGUAGGAAAUAGCAAGCGUUAUUGUUCUUUUAUUCUUUUAGAUAUUCCAAUCCACGUUAGUUGUAGCAAGAACUUCAACCAGGAUAUUACACUUACCUUUAUUUCCCAACUAGAGUUUUGUCCAACCCCUCUCUCGUGAAUUUCGUCUAGGAUGCUAGUGCUUGGAGAGACUUAGUAAAGCACAUUCAAAUACAAACCCAGGGUAGUUCCUGAAAGGAUAGGAAUCACUUAGGUCAUCGUUAGAGUAAUCUAACCUAGAGACAUCCUGAUCCUAACAAGCUGCUCUAGUUCAUACUUUCUCAACUAGAAACCUUUAACAAUGUGACCAUCUACCUUUCUGCCGUUUUGGAAUGAAAACUGUGCAACUGUGAAAAGUAUGGACUCUGAAGACCAUAGUGGACUGUGUAGGUACAUGCUUGUGGGAACCAGAAAGCUUUGGGGAGUAGAUGUAGAGGAAAAUAACAGCUUCAAAGGAAGUGCCUUCUCUUUAGGAAGUAAACUAAGCACUCCUUUCUGUUUAUCUUUUGUACUAGGUACUCCAUAAACGCUUGAUAGUUGAAAGGGUCAAUGAAUGAGUGGCUCCACUGUUUUAUGAAGAGUGAGAAUAGUUGUCGAGGGGGAAAAGAGAAACUCCAGGAGAAGAUAUGGUGUAUCAAUAGGGGCAUGGAUUGGGGACUCAGAUGUGUUCAAGUCCCAACUCUGCUGCUUAUUGGCAAUGUGUGCCUUGGCCAGUUUUCUCUGAGCCUCGGUUUCCUCACUUGUAAAAUAGGGAUGAUUUUACUUAUGUUCUGGUGUAAUGUGGGGCAGUGAUGAGGCAUGCAUACAAGUUAAGUGCUCAGUAAACAACCACUGUCAUUCUAGAGAGGAAAGUGAGAGAGAUGAAAAGAAGACCCCUGCGGAGCCAAGAAAGAAGUCCCAGUCAAUGAAAAGACUGACCCCACCGUAGAAAAACUGGAGAAAAGCCAAGCACAGACUCAGCCUUUAUUUGAACUUCUGAGUUGGAGCUUUGCACAGACCUUGAUGUGCUGGAAGAGUUGUGUUGAACUCUGAAAUGUCCUUCAGCCUGGCAAGCCUUCUGCAACUCAGUACCUCACUAUCAGACUGUCCCAGGGGAGAGUUCGCUAUAGGUUUCAGGAAGUGCUAAGAAGUUCCAGCCAAGCGGUGUUCCAGAGGAAGGGGAACACGAUUCUGGACCAUCAUUUGCUUUACCAGGAUACACAAGUUCUCCUGAGUGGUUGAAUCAGUUGUUCUUCUGUCUCUGCUUUUCCUCAGGAGAAAUGGCCAAAUGUACCUUUUCCACAUUAGAGAUAUUCCUGAUUUUCCUCUUUGUGAUGAUGACAGGGAUCACGGUGGCUCUUCUCAGCCUGUUGUUCAUCACCAGUGGGACCACUGAAAAUCACACAGGUUUUCCAACCACCCAGAUCCCUCCAGCCACCCAGAUCCCUCCAGCCACCCACCCUCCAGCCACCCAGGGCCCCACAGCCAUCCAGGCAUCUCCAACACCCAGCACCCCAGAGCCUACUCUAUUUCAGAACUUCAGUGGCUACCAUAUUGGUGUUGGGCGAGCUGACUGCACGGGCCAAGUAGCAGAUAUCAUUUUGAUGGGCUACAGCAAAACUGGCCAGAAUGCACAAGGCAUCCUCACGAGGUUGUACAGUCGUGCGUUCAUCGUGGCGGAACCAGAUGAGUCCAGUCGAGUAGUGUUUGUCAGCAUUGAGAUCGGCAUGGUGUCCCAACGACUCAGGCUGGAGGUCCUGAACAGGCUGCAGAGUAAGUAUGGCUCCCUGUACAGAAGAGACAACGUUAUCCUGAGUGGUACUCACACACACUCAGCUCCAGCAGGAUAUUUCCAGUACUCUACAUUUGUGAUUGCCAGUGGAGGAUUUAGCAAUCGAACUUUUGAGUACAUGGUUGCUGGCAUCAUGAAGAGCAUUGAGAUAGCACAUGCAAAUAUGAAACCAGGCAAAAUCUUUAUCAAUAAAGGGAAUGUGGAUGGUGCACAGAUCAAUCGAAGCCCUUCUUCGUACCUUCGGAAUCCACAGUCAGAGAGAGCAAGGUAUUCUUCAAAUACAGACAAGGAAAUGGUACUCUUGAAAAUGGUAGAUUUGAACGGAGACGACCUGGGUCUUAUCAGCUGGUUUGCCAUCCACCCAGUCAGCAUGAACAAUAGCAAUCAUCUUGUGAACAGCGACAAUGUGGGCUAUGCCUCUUACCUUUUUGAGCAAGAGAAGAACAAAGGAUAUCUACCUGGAGAGGGACCGUAUGUAGCAGCUUUUGCUUCAUCGAACCUGGGAGAUGUGUCCCCCAAUAUUCUUGGCCCGCACUGCAUCAACACGGGAGAGUCUUGUGAUAAUGCCAAUAGCACUUGUCCCAUCGGUGGGCCUAGCAUGUGCAUUGCUAUGGGACCUGGGCAGGAUAUGCUUGACAGCACACAAAUCAUAGGACGGAUAAUAUAUGAGAAAGCAAAGGAACUGUAUGCCUCCGCCUCUCAGGAGGUAACUGGGCCACUGGCUUCAGCUCAUCAGUGGGUGAAUAUGACGGACGUCACCAUCUGGCUCAAUUCUACACACACAGCAAAAACAUGUAAACCAGCCUUGGGCUACAGUUUUGCAGCUGGCACGACUGACGGAUUUGGAACCCUCAACUUUACGCAGGGGACAACAGUAGGGGAUCCAUCGUGGGACAGUAUUCGGGAUCAGGCCCUGGGCAAGCCAUCUGAAGAAAUCAAAGAAUGCCAAAAACCAAAGCCAAUCCUUCUUCAUACUGGAGAGCUGUCAAAACCUCAUCCCUGGCACCCAGAUAUAGUUGAUGUUCAGAUUAUUACUCUUGGGUUCUUGGCCAUCACUGCCAUCCCUGGGGAGUUUACGACCAUGUCUGGACGAAGACUUCGGGAGGCAGUUCAAGAGGAAUUUGCAACUUAUGGGAUGCUGAAUAUGACUGUUGUUAUUUCGGGUCUAUGCAAUGUAUAUACACACUACAUUACCACCUAUGAAGAAUACCAGGCUCAGCGGUAUGAGGCAGCAUCCACAAUUUAUGGACCACAUACUCUGUCUGCUUACAUCCAGCUUUUCAGAGUCCUUGCUAAGGCCAUUGCUACGGAUACAGUAGCCAAUCUGAGCAGCGGUCCAGAGCCUCCAUUUUUCAAAGACCUGAUGGCCCCAUUAAUCCCUAAUGCUGUGGAUAGAGCGCCUGUAGGCACAACUUUUGGGGAUGUCCUGCAGCCAGCCAACCCUAAAUACAGAGUGGGAGAAGUUGUUGAAGUUACAUUUGUAGGUGCUAACCCGAAGAAUUCAGCAGAGAACAAGACCCAUCAGACCUUCCUCACUGUGGAGAAAUACGAGGCCACAUCAGCGACAUGGAAGAUAAUGCAUAAUGAUGCCUCCUGGGAGACUCGUUUCUAUUGGCACAAGGGAUUACGGGGUCAUAGCAAUGCAACGAUACAAUGGCAUAUUCCAGAUACUGCCCAACCUGGAACCUACAGAAUAAGAUACUUUGGACACAAUCGGAAAAAGAACGUUCUCAAGCCCGCUGUCAUACUUCCGUUUGAAAGCACUCCCUCCACUUUUGAUGUUGUAACCACUUGGUGAAAAGUUGACAAAGAUAAAAAAGUUGAUAAAGAGCAGCUGUACUCUGUAUGAUUUAAAUAAUCAAUUUCAUGUGAAUGUAACCUAUUAUGAUGACUUCAAUAAUUGUCCUUGUUUGGGAACAGAUAGUUUACUGCUAAUGGGACAGGUGUGUGUGUGUGUGUGUCUGUCUGUGUGUGUGUGUGUCUGUCUGUGUGUGUGUGUGUGUGUGUGUGUGUGUGUGUGUGUGUGUGUGAGAGAGAGAGAGAGAGAGAGAGAGAGACGUGUGUAUGUGUCCCAUUUACCUUUGCUCUAGUAGAUUUUACAUCAUGGUCUGCUGCCUAAAGCAUGAUUUCCCUUGGGGCCCUGUGGUUGUUUAAAGAAACAGUUCCCCUCAAUAUGAAACCUCUGAAAUGUUAGUGAGAGUGGUUAAAGAUGUGUGAACAAUGUUUAAACUAUUUAUUUAUAGAAUUAUGGAAUGAUAGCGCUUAAAAAGUUUAAAGAGGUCAUCUAGUUGGAUCCUUCAUUUUACAGAUGGGAAAAUGAAGUUUUAUGGAUUUAAGAUUAGCAUAAGGCUAGGACCUUGUCCCUCAGUCACAUUUUAAAAAUAUUAUAUAAACAUUGACUAUAAAUGUAUAAGCCCAGUUAGAGAAAAUUAGCAUGCCAGUUUUUCUAUACUGGGUGUAGCUUUUCAAAGCAGCCACCCGGGAGUUGAUAUGGCUGAUCCAGAGUUUUGUUGAUGUUCAAAUCAUUUCUGGAAUUGCCUUCAGAGCCCAGUUAUGAGAAAGUCAGACUUGUAAUAUUUUGGUCGCGCCUUGUGUUUCCCUAGGUGCCCUUUCCCACUGAAUUGUGUCCCGUAUUCCCAAGACUUGUUCUAAGUGAUUUUUGAUUGUUUCACUAAUCAAAUUCACCCCAAACCCACAAAGUGUUGCUCUUAGUGUAGAUACUAAAAUGAAAAAAGAAUGAAGUUAGAACACCCCCUAACACCACACACAAAAAUAAACUCAAAAUGGAUUAAAGACCUAAAUGUAAGGCCAGACACUAUAAAACUCUUGGAGGAAAACAUAGGCAGAACACUCUAUGGCAUAAAUCACAGCAAGAUCCUUUUGAACCCACCUCCUAGAGAAAUGGAAAUAAAAACAAAAAUAAACAAAUGGGACCUAGUGAGACUUAAAAGCUUUUGCACAGCAAAGGAAACCAUAAACAAGACAAAAAGACAACCCUCAGAAUGGGAGAAAAUAUUUGCAAACAAAGCAACUGACAAAGGAUUAAUCCCCAAAAUAUACAAGCAGCUUAUGCAGCUCAAAAUCAAAAAAACAAGUAACCCAAACCAAAAAUGGGCAGAAGACCUAAAUAGACAUUUCUCCAAGAAGAUAUACAGAUUGCCAACAAACACAUGAAAGGAUGCUCAACAUCACUAAUCAUUAGAGUAAUGCAAAUCAAAACUACAAUGAGGUAUCACCUCACACUGGUCAGAAUGACCAUCAUCAAAAAAUCUACAAACAAUAAAUGCUGGAGAGGCUGUGGAGAAGAGGGAACCCUCUUGCACUGUUGGUGGGAAUGUAAAUUGAUACAGCCACUAUGAGGAAGAGUAUGGAGGUUCCUUAAAAAACUAAAAAUAGAACUACCACAUGACCCAGCAAUCCCACUACUGGGCAUAUACCCAGAGAAAACCAUAAUUCAAAAAGAGUCAUGUACCACAAUAUUCAUUGCAGCACUAUUUACAAUAGCCAGGACAUGGAAGCAACCUAAGUGUCCAUAGACAGAUGAAUGGAUAAAGAAGAUGUGGCACAUAUAUACAAUGGAUAAAGAAGAUGUGGCACAUAUAUACAAUGGAAUAUUACUCAGCCAUUAAAAAAAUGAAAUUAUUUGUAGUGAGGUGGAUGGACAUAGAGUCUGUCAUACAGAGUGAAGUAAGUCAGAAAGAGAAAAAUAAAUACUGUAUGCUAACACAUAUAUAUGGAAUCUAAAAAAGAAAAAAAAAUGGUUCUGACAAACCUAGGGGCAGGACAGGAAUAAAGACACAGACGUAGAGAAUGGACUUGAGGACACAGGGAUGGGCAAGGGUAAGCUGGGAUGAAGUGAGAGAGUGGCAUGGAUAUACAUACACUACCAAAUGUAAAAUAGAUAGCUGGUGGGAAGCAGGUACAUCUCACAGGGAGAUCACCUCAGUGCUUUGUGACCAAAGCACUUUGUGACCAAAGA